UGUGGCCUUCGUAGGCAGACUCGGAGCGUCUCCGCUUUCACGGCGUUUGUUUGAGAGAAUCAGAUCUUGAGCUGCUGCAGCUGCUGGUGUUGUUAGUGAAUUAAAGCGGACUGCGGUGUUGGUUAUUAUACAGUGAUGCUGGUGCAGUGAGAGGAGCAGGGCGGCGGUGUGUGUGUAUGAGAGAGAGAGAGCGGGGGUCUAGAUGUGGAUCUGGAUCAGGUGUUAGUUUAGUGGAGAAUACAAAAGGUCCUCAGUUCCUAACGGCGCCGGAAUGAGCUUCUUCAGCUUCGGCCAGACCGCCGAAAUAGACAUAGUUCUGAAUGACGCCGAAACUCGGAAGAAGGUAGAGCAUAAGACGGAGGAUGGAAAAAAGGACAAGUAUUUUCUGUUUUAUGACGGAGAGACCGUCGCUGGGAAAGUCAACAUAACGCUGAAGACUCCGGGGAAAAGACUGGAACAUCAGGGAAUCAAAAUCGAGUUUAUCGGACAGAUCGAGCUGUACUAUGACAGAGGAAACCACCAUGAGUUUGUGUCUCUGGUGAAAGAUCUGGCUCGGCCAGGUGAGAUGACCCAAUCGCAGACUUUUGACUUUGAGUUCACACAUGUGGAGAAGCCGUACGAGUCUUACACGGGCCAGAAUGUCAAACUCCGCUAUUUUCUACGAGCGACCGUCAGCAGAAGGCUGAAUGACCUCAGCAAAGAGAUGGACAUUGUUGUGCACACGCUCAGCACGUAUCCAGAGCUGAACUCUUCUAUUAAGAUGGAAGUGGGAAUUGAGGACUGCCUGCACAUCGAGUUUGAGUACAAUAAGUCUAAGUAUCAUCUGAAGGAUGUGAUAGUAGGCAAGAUCUAUUUUCUUCUGGUGCGGAUUAAAAUCAAGCACAUGGAGAUAGACAUCAUUAAGAGGGAGACGACAGGGACUGGGCCCAAUGUUUAUCACGAAAAUGACACCAUUGCUAAGUACGAAAUUAUGGAUGGAGCUCCGGUCAGAGGGGAAUCAAUCCCGAUCCGCCUUUUCUUGGCUGGCUAUGAGAUGACUCCUACCAUGAGAGACAUUAAUAAGAAGUUCUCUGUUCGCUAUUACCUCAACCUAGUGCUCAUUGAUGAAGAGGAGAGACGUUACUUCAAACAGCAGGAGAUCACGUUAUGGAGGAAGGGUGACAUUGUGAGGAAGAGCAUGUCUCAUCAAGCUGCCAUCGCCUCCCAGCGGUUUGAAGGAUCAGCUACUGCAGAGAAAGCCCUCGCCCAGGCCAAGGAGGACAGCAACUGAACCCAACCACAUCAUCUCGUUCUCAACAGCUGACAGCAGAGAGAAGCCUGUGUGUAUGUGACUGUGUGUGUGAGUGUAAACUGAUGAGCCAAAGCAUUAAGACAACUCACAGUUGCCACCAUAAAUCCAGGACAUUGAACAGGUAAAAGGACUUGUUUUUUGCACACAUAAUUGGCUCUUGCGUUUAAUGUAGGUGCUUGAUGUGAUGCCAUAUGUGUUAUGAGAUUUUACUGUGCCACAGUAGCCUUUCUGUUGGUUUGAUCUAGGAAAGUUAGCCUUUGGUUCCCUCGCACAUAAAUUAGACUCCCACAUGCCAAUGCCUGACCAUUUCAGACUGCAUGUUAACUACGAGAACCAGCUUUUCAGUUGCUAUCUGAGGCUGGCAGGAUAAAGUCUGGUUAUAUGUGGUACAACUAAUAAAGAUAUUUUGAUUCGCAAUAUGGAUCAUCCAAGUAUCAUUCUACAUAAAAGUUCUUAAUGUUUUGGCUCAUCAGUGUAUGUGUGGGUUUGCAUGCACGAAUGUGUGUCUGUGUUUGUGAGAGAGCAGAUGAUGUAUGUAUAUGGACGUGCAGCUAUGGCAUGAUGAUCUUCACCAUUCCUGAACGUAGGAUUUUGUAAGCAGAAAGCUCUAAAAGUAGCUUUUAAAAAGGGAUACAAAAAGGCAAGUUGUUAAUUGUUAAUUCCUUAUUAACGAUAAAUGUAUCUCAUCUGCCAAUAUAUUCUCAAUUAAUUCCAUUUUAAUUGAAUUCCACUUGUGCAGUCAAUUGAAAAACCAACUACAGUUUAACCUCUGUUUCAUAGUAAAACAGUUUUUUUUUUGUUUACUUUUUUUUUAAAGAUAUUUUGAUAUUCUGUUUUUACAGCUGUUUAGUUACUGUAAAGUUAUGAACUAGCUUUUAACUACUGCAUUUCAAUUCCUUUUUUGUCAUUUUCUUUCUUUUUUCAGAAAGUUACUUCUGACUACUUUUAUGCAUUCCAGUACAUGCCUUCUUCCUUUGAAUUUGCUGCCAUUUCCAUUUCUUGUCAAAGCACUUUGGGGUUUUAACCUUAUUUUAAGGAGGAUGCUGCUUGCAGGUUUAAUGUAGCAGUGAGCAGGACCAAACUAUUGAUUCAAUUGUGACUUUUCUAACUCAGUCGAUCACACUUUGAGUUCAGUAUUAAAACUUCGGCUGAUGGGUUCAUAUUCAUGUUCACGUUCUAAGGGCGUUUGACUGAGAAAUGCCAUUUCUCGGGCCUGUUCUGUAGGCAUGCCUCAUCCUCAUUCAGUGUUUCUUAUUGUUCUGUAAAUGUGAUGCCACAGUUUCUUUAAUAGAAACUGUGGCUUUAAUAGAAUCAUGUCUUAAUUCUUGUGCCUAAUCGUUGACUACCAAUUUUUCACCUUCUCUAGUACUGGAGAUCUUUUUCUGUCUGCCUCAUGAAAUCCUAACCGUUAACUAACUCUCAUGGAAUUUGCUAUUUAAUAGAGGUGUUUGACUGUAACAGCUUUAAAUGAUGUGUGAGCUCUUAGUCAUUGGAAAAGCUUCUGAAAUUUCAGUGUUCACCACAGUGUAGCAUAAUUUGUGAAACCCAAACCCUUAAAAACAAAGGUUCCUAAAUGGAUCUUGGCUUAGAUGUACAAUUCUAAAAAAAAAAUAAUAAUAAUCGUGUGGAGCUUCUUAACAUCAUAGACAUUACGAAAAGUGUUUACUUAUUUACAGAAACGUUUUGAAAAAUUUCACAGAAAGUUAUUUUAGGUCAGUGCCUCUUAAACUGGUCGAUUUUAGCUCCAAUCCAGCUUGUACAAUGCUUAAUUUAGAGAUCCUUGAGGUCUAUUCUGAGAACCAUUGCUUAUAAGAAAACAAAAGCAAUCAUCUUCAAACCAGUUCUGUGAUAUUUCUCGAAUGAACCUAUUUUGUGACCUUUAUUUUAAAGAGUGCACUUGAUGAAAACAAUGAAAUGUUUGUGUUUCAUGGUUGGUUUGGUUAAGAAUUUGGCCCUCUGAUAGCUUCCUCUCAGCAGAGUACUGGAACUAUUAUCUUCUGGCUUUCAAAAUCAUUGUUUGAUGUGUAAAGCUUUGAGGGAGUUUUGUGUUUACUCUCAGCGCAGUUAGGACAUCUUAUCUGUUUUGGUUCUGACAGUAGUUUCUUGAUGACAGUCCUUUUUUGCCGUCCUUUCUGUUGGUCUCCAGAAAAAGGCUUAUGGUAUGUGUGCAUGUUCAGAUAAAUGGGGCGCUCAUGGUCUGGUAGAUGAAAAUUUCUCUUAAUUUCAGUCAUUUCUUUAAAGUGUCUUCAGUACCACUAAUUUAGAGUUAAGACGAGUAGGUGCUGAUGAGAAAUAAUAGAAACACUAGGUAGGUUAGCCUCAGUGCACUAAUUGGCUAUCUAAGCACUUUUUACAAAGCGUAACGUGAAUUUUGAAUUUUUUCAAUAAUUGGUUUGUCUAAACAAAAAUUCAGAUUUUUUUUUUACGAGAACAGUGGUGUUCUGACUUGUUUUUGCUGCUAGCUUGUAGCUGCUAGCAUGUAGCUGCUAGCUUGGUGACUAACAAUAUAGCAAGGUAAUAAAGUUGUUACCCUGUCAUUUAUGAGAGAUUGAAUUGAUUUGCAUUUACAACCCAGUUUAAACAUUAGAAAUCGAUUAUUUUGUGUAUUUGCAAAAGAAAAGAAACUUAUUUCAACAGCAAAAUAUGGCCAGAGGUAAACUUGCCCUUGAUGUGGUUAGCCUCAGUGAGCUAAUUAGCUAACUAGCUAAUAACUCUGCUUCUUAUAAGCUAGUUGUUGCUGCUAGUUCGUAGUUGUUAGCUUGGUGACAACUUUAUAUGAAACGUUUUUAUGAGAGCUUUAUGACAAAUGACAAUUUAAAUUAAUGUUGGGUUUAUAAGGUAAUUACAUAGAUAUUGAUUUUAUAUCUGUGCUAUUUGCACAGAAGCUCAUGUGCCCUUUGCUUUUAAGCCUUAUUGAGUUAAUUAGCAAACCAAAAUUUUUUUUCCAGUCUAAACACAGAUCUGUUUUGUCAGUAAUUGGUUAUGGACUGAAAAAAAAAAAAAAAAACUCUGACUGUGUUUUAAAUGAGAACUGUAAGAAAUGCUAGCUUGUAGACUUACGAUGUAGCAAAGUAAUUAAUUUGUCAUUUAGAUUUGUCAGUCAUUUAGAUUGAAUAUAGAGAUUAAAAAUUACAAAUAAAUUAUUUUUUUACUUAAAAAGGAAAAGAUGUUUAUUUCAACUGCAAAAUGUGGCCAUGGGUAUACAAUGGUUUGGUUGUCUCAGUAAGCUAAUCAGCUAACUAGCUAAAUAUUUUUUCCUCAGUCAACGAGUCAUAACUCGUUUGUUAUAAGCUAGUUGUUGCUUCCAAUUUAUAGUUGUUAGCUUGCUUUAUAUGAAGAGAUUUUAUGAGCAUUUUAUGAGAGUUAGUUUGCAGAUAAAAUUCAGUUUAAAUAUGACACAUUACAAAUUAAUUAAUUUGUGGGUUUAGAAACGUAAAUAAUAUUGAUUUUAAUAGCAAUAUGUGCAAAGUAUGGAAGCCCAUUCCUGCCACCCAAAAAAGAAAAAUAAUCCAGCAAUUUUUUUUAUUAUUAUUAUUAAGUAACUGCUAUCUCAAUAUUUUGAGAUACUAAGUCAAUAUUUUGAGAUACUAUGAGAUAGUUUCUCAAAAUGUUAAGAUAGUAUCUCAAAAUAUUGAGAUAGCAGUUUACUUAAUAAUAAUAAACAAUUUCUUUUCUGGAUUAUUUUUAUUUUUUAGGUGGCGGGAAUGGGCUUCCAUAGCAAAGAACUUUUGCAUAUAAGUGUUUUCCCCCAAACUCAAUACAGAUAAAUUGUCAGUAGCUGGUUUUGGACUGACAGGAAAAAAAACUGACUGGGUUUUAAAUGAGAACUGUAACAAACCGGCCGUUAUUUGUUGUUGUUGCUGCUAUCUUUUGUUUUUUUCUUUUUUUGGGGGCUAUUUUGCUAACUAACCACCAAGCAGAAUUGUAGCUGUGAUCUUGCUAAAUGAAAUUUAGCAAAGAAACCAAUCGUGAGAGAUUGAACAUUUUUCAGAUCCAGCCCAUUUGACAAUUUGCAUAUUAGAGAGUAUUUUAGACACUCCCAUGUUGAAGUCACAGAAGACAUGUUAAAAACACUACUGAAAUGAAAGAUUACUCCAGGAGGGCUUGCCUGGCCAAAACUUUCAACCAAACAUCAUAAAAACCAGUGUGUUGAGUUUUUUUUUUUUUUUUUUUUUUUGUGGAGACCAUAAUCAAGACCAUUCUUAUGUACAUGUUCCAGGUGAACAAAGUUUGUCUUUUUCAGAAAGCAAGGAGAAAAUGUAUUUUAUUUGCUUGCAGUAGGAUCCAGUUCCUAACACCCUAAUCAUUUAUUAUUGUGUGGAAUAAAUAGUGCUUUGAACAGCAUUAGACAAACAACUAUACUUCUAUAUUAAUAUAAUGUAUGUACAAAUUUAUUUACAGAUAUGAAAGUAUAUAUGAUUUUAAAAUAAAGUCUUUAGAAAUUGCUUAUGAGCUUUAAGGUACUUGCAAAAUUAGUGAAAAGGGAAUAAAAAAAAUCUUGUAGUUUGCUAGAUGCUAAUAUGAAGUGUGCAGUACACAAACACUCCAACAGUGCUGUCACUGCUUGUAUUCUGUGUUCUGUAAAUGAAAAUGUGUUUUUACUUGGAUUGCCCUGAUUAAAACAGCCCUCUGACAUUUUCA